UCGAUCAAUCAUUCACGUCGGAUCCGCGGAUGGCGGCUCGUUGCCGUUUUAUUUUUGUAACAAAGAACUAUUGAAAACAUGAAAAUCUUGACUUAAAACUGAGAUAGGUUAAGUGAAGUUUAUUUCAUUAGUGCACUAACAGUUAAUUCUAGCGACCGAUCGUGCAGUAUUCCACUCAUUUCCUUCGGGUCGAAUUCGUUAUCGACCUCGUUCGCAAGUGUUUAUGUUUAGUAAACGGGUACUCGGCGUUUGUUUUGCAAACAAAUAGUUUACCCUCCGAAUCAUAAAUAGUGGGUGCAGUUCUCGCGGUCAAGUUCGUGAUGUGGUUGUCGUUUUGAGUGAUGAAGGUGACCAUGUUUCUGUGGGCGGCGCUGGUGCUGACGGCGGGCCGGGGCGCGGCCGCCGAGUCCUUCCUGAGCAACAUCAGCCGCAACCUGCGCUCGGAGCUGUCGGGCGUGAUGGAGAUGGCCACCGUAAGCUACUCGGAGCCCGCCAUCAACACCACCUACGUGGCCACGGUGGAGUUCGACAUGCGCGCCAUGGGCUCGCUCUACAACUCCACGCAUCUCAUCAUCGACUUCAUCGCCAACAAGCAGGCCUACCCUGAAGGAUUCGUGUCGAUCUCGGACGGGAACGUGGAGGUGGAGUCGCCGCGGCGCGAAUGGCGCGCGUUGGCGGCGCACUACGCCGGGCCGCUGGCCGUGCUGGUGCUGGCGGCGCUGCUGGUGGCCGCGCUGCCGCUCGCUGGGCUGUUCUGGUGCUGUUGCUACUGGUGCCGCUCGGGGCGGCGGCGGCGCGCCUUCGACCGCAAGUACGACGCCUGCCUCAAGGGCAUCCUCGCCAUCGUGCUCAUCGGCCUGCUCACGCUCUUCCUGUUCGGCGUGGUGUGCGCGUUCGCGACGGACUCGCAGCUGGAGACGAGCGCGGGCGAGGCGCCGGGCUCGCUGCGGGCGGGGCUGCGCGACGCGCGCGCCUUCCUCAACGCUACGCAGGCCCACGCGCGCUGGCUGCUCGUCACCAACUACCAGGAGCUCGAGCACAAGCUCAACGGGCUGCUGCUGGAGACGAGCGCGGGCGAGGCGCCGGGCUCGCUGCGGGCGGGGCUGCGCGACGCGCGCGCCUUCCUCAACGCUACGCAGGCCCACGCGCGCUGGCUGCUCGUCACCAACUACCAGGAGCUCGAGCACAAGCUCAACGGGCUGCUGGCCAGUACAGGCAUGACGGUGUCGGUGCAGCUGGGCGAGUUCUCGCGCGCGGUGUCGGUGACGACGCUGAACACCAUGGUGCAGCGGCUGGACGGCGUGGCGGCCGACCUGCGCGCCGUGCGCCGCCUCACGCUGCGGCUGCGCGCGCACGCCGACCAGCUCAACUCGGGGCUGCGCAAGGUGAAGGGCCAGCUGCUGGCGACGCUGGCGCAGUGCUCGCAGCCGCCGUGCGUGCGCCUGCAGGAGAAGUACAAGCUGGGCCAGCUCGACACCGAGAUCCAGUACAACCAGAUGCCGGACGUGUCGGAGCUGUUGAACAACGUGACGGCGCUGCUGGACGCGCGCAUCCAGGAGGACGUGGCGGACGGCCAGCGCGUGUUCAAGGACAUCCAGCGCGCCGUGCGCCGCGAGCUGGAGCAGCACAUCCCCGACGUGCAGGCCGAGCUUGCCAGCACCGGUCGUCGUCUCCACGGGGUGGCGGAUGAGAUCACGUCCCUGGCGGGUAAUGCAAGCCUACGGCUGCAACAGCGCGAGGACGUGGCGGACGAGCUGCAGAAGCUGCACCAGCGCUACGGGCCCUACCGCCGCUACCUUGGGCUCGCCACCGCCACCGCGCUGCUCAUGAUCACGGUGCUACUAGCGCUGGGGCUGACGUGCGGCGUGUGCGGCAAGCGGCCCGACGUGUACGGCGCCAGCGACUGCUGCAACAAGGGCUCCGGCUCCUCCUGCCUGCUGUGCGGCAUGUGCGCCAUGUUCCUGGUGGGCGGCUGGUGCGCGGCGGUGCUGGCGGCGUACUUCCUGCUCGGCACCGCGGCCCAGCGCGCCGUCUGCGACCCGCUCACCGAGCCGCGCGGCAACCGUUUGUUCGAGGACGUGGACCGGUUCGUGGAGCUGGAGAAAGUACUGUUCAACGAGCGCCGCGAGCCCGGCCUCAACCUGAGUACCGUGAUGCAGGCCUGCCACGCCAACCGCACCAUCUACACGACGCUGCAACUGCACCGCCUGUACGACCUGGAAGCAUUAGUAGCGGACAGCAAGCGGUCGCUGGCGGCGCGGACGGCGCUGCUGAGAGUGGCCGCGCCCGCCGCCGCGCCCGUCACCAUCCUCAAGCCCUCCGCCAAGGACAAGCUGCGCCAGCUCGCCGGCACCGGCCUGUCCGACUUCAACUUCGACAAGAUACUGCACGCGCUGGAAACAAACAUGACGUCACUGUCACUAGAGGGUCUGGCAGCGCAACUGAACAGCACAGCAUUGGCAGUGGAGGAACGCAGCGGCUACAGUCGCGUGGCGCCCGAACUGCGCCGCGCCGCCGCCGCGCUCGCCACCCUGCACCGAGGGAUCCUGCUGCCGCUGCUGGCCGACACUGCCGAGCUCAACACGACGGCGAUGAAGCUACGCGACGGGCUGCGUUUCAACCACACAUCGCUGAAGGAGGCCAUCUCCUACCUGUUGUACGAGACCUCGCAGGCUGAGCACUACCUCAACACGCAAGGGCCUGAACUGGUGCAGAAUAUCACACGUGAGUUCGGCGACGUGGUUUCCACGCUGGUGCAGCAGUACCUGGAGCGACUGCAGGACGCCGCGGAGCAUUCCGUGGGACGCUGCGGGCCGCUGUCCAACGCCUUCAAUGCCACGCGUGAUGCCGCCUGCCACAAGAUACUGAUGCCUUGGAACGGCUACUGGAUGUCGCUGGCGUGGUGCGUGGCGCUGCUGCUGCCGCUGAUGCUGGCGGGCGCGCGCCUGGCGCGGCUCUACACGCACGUCGACCCCUACCCCGGCCCGCUGCACGAGGCCGAGUAUUUGUAUGACGCGUACGCAGACCGCGAUAACGUACCCCUUGCCAACGCCUACAAGGCCGAAAAGCGCGGAGGUCGCAGCCGGCCCCACGCGGCGGGGGAGGCGCGCGGCGCGGGGGCGGGGCCGGCGCUGGCCACGCCUCUCGACGCACACGCGCGCAGAUAUAAUGAUAUGGCGCCAAAGCACUGGGAAGAAGGGCCCCCACGCUACCACGGCCCUACUGAGUACGAGCGACCCCCACCCUACUACUAUCCCGGACCAAACAUUCCGAGGGCGCAGCGCCGCCGCUCCACCUACGACUAUUAUUACUAGCGGCGGACUAGUGAUAGACAGUAAACUAGCGCUCACGGAACUCGACGAAGACCUCCUGAAGUACUGAGCCCCGCGCCUGCCGCGACGCGUCGUGGACCCAGACAGAUGAAACGUGUAACAAUAUGUAAUGUGCAAACUAUUGUACGUGUUAUAUCACAGAUAUAGUAUUUUUCCAUAAUAUUACGAGGCCGUAAGUUGGAUGCGUACGCUCCAAACGAUUUGUGUCCGAGUGAUUACUCAGAUAUAAAAUAGAAUAUGAUACUUACGUAAUGUCCUUCUUCUGUCUAGUUAUAGUUAAUGAAAGUUCAAGACUCGUGUAAUUUUGUAUGAAAGAUACAUUUACAAAUGUUUCGAAUCCAUCAUUUCAAGCAAUUGUAAGUGUCGGGUGCGUAGAUCAUAGGUCUGAUGAAUAUGUGAUGGAAUCUUAUUCGUAUGGUGUAUAGGCGUAUUCAAUAUUGUUCACUCAAAUGUAGUAGUUCCAAUAUGUAAAUAAGGUAGGUUAAGUAAGCGCAAGAAACAGUCACAGUAACUGCCAUAUCUCGACUGGCCGAUGUUUACGUUAGUUCGGCCCGUCACUCUUACGGCUCAAGUUAUAUCGGCGGCGUCGGCCGCGUUGGCUUUAAUAUUUUUUUCAGAAUUUAAUACUUUAUAUUCGUUGGAAGCGGGAUACGAUCACCGCACAAGUUUCAAAAUCUGAGAGAUUCGAUAUUAUGUUAGCGUAAUUUUAGGUAAAUUAGGGUUCUGUCAUUUUUCGCGCGCUCUCACUCGACUCUUCCACUUGUACCCCUUGGACGGAGGCGCGUGAAAAUUGACGGAGAGUUAGGGCGGGUGUCCACUGCGGCGUCGCGGCGAUCGCAUUUGUAUCGUCGCCGGUGACGCCGCGGAUAACACGCUUGUUCGGCUACAAUUUCACUAUUGAGGUGAUUCCUUUGUGUGAUUUCUUGUAUAUGAAACGCCAGAAAUUUCGGCGUUAUUUUACAUAAGAACAAAAAGUAGUCAUGAGUAAGAAUUGAACUGAAUUGUAACUGAAUAAAAUGCUUGUUUCGUGGCGGUAGAGAACGCCACAAUAGUGAAAUUCGGGUUUUUUAAACGACCUGACCAGUCAUUUAAGUUUAGUCCGUGUGCUGCCUACGUGGCCGCCAUGUGGCGUCAGUGGUCAGGUCGCGCCAGUGUGAAUGCCGCCUUAUGUAACUGUCAAAUACUCGAGGCAUUCUCCCUUGGUCGGUUCGUGCUAGUCGAGCCCCGGCCGACUUUACCUUAGCCUAGAUAAGUACUAGUUUGUGAUUAUAUCCAUUUUAUAUUGUUGACUUGAAUGCGAGGAGUGCAAAUUUUGAUUUAUUUAAUUAUUAUAUGUGUCAUAUUGUAAUCGUUAGUUAGGUAUAUUUUGUACGAUGUAAUGCCAAAUGGAAUGCAACAGUGGCGACGCCACGCGGGCGGCAGGAACACUUCCUACUCACUAACCACUUGUGUGCAUGGUUACUAUUUUCUAAGACAUCUAUUUAUUUCCUUCCUCUCCACGCGUGGGUAUUAGAAGUGACUUCCCAAGAUAACGGUCGAUAGUAGACGCCCUGCUCACAGCUACAUGGCUUGCAAGAAACAAUAAUACGGCGAUUAUAGUAACUGUGCAUUAACCAAAACAUUGAUCUUGAUUAGUAACAAA